UUUGUGGAUGUGUCAACCUAUUGUAGCACGAAAGAUUAAGUUUGAAUAAUAAAUAAUAAUCCACACUAAAUAUCUCUAAAGUGUAAAUAUCAUCGUAUCUGCAACCGUAUCUAAGUCAAUUUAAAGCUAGGUGAGUUCUUGUGGUGAAAUUUAUACUAUUUGAUAUUUUCAAAGAGAAAAAUACAGAACCCAUGGCUGAAAAGCAGACGCAAUUCUCAUUGGUGCCAAAGAUUGUAAAUGGAGGUAUUGCGGGCAUUAUUGGAGUUACGUGCGUCUUCCCCUUGGACCUUGUUAAAACCAGACUUCAGAAUCAGCAAAUCGGUCCCAAUGGCGAGAAAAUGUAUAAGAGUAUGUUGGAUGCUUUCAAAAAAACUUACAGAGCCGAAGGAUUCUUUGGGAUGUACAGAGGAUCUGCAGUCAAUAUAUUGUUAAUUACCCCCGAGAAGGCCAUCAAAUUAGCUGCUAACGACUUUUUCAGAUAUCACUUACAAACAAAGGAUAGGACGCUUCCCAUGUUCCGACAAAUGUUGGCUGGUGGUUUGGCAGGUCUUUGUCAAAUAGUCGUAACGACUCCUAUGGAGCUUUUGAAAAUCCAAAUGCAAGACGCUGGACGAGUUGCAGCUCAGGCCCUUUUAGUAAACAAAACUGUAGCAAGGACCUCAGCGACGGAGUUAGCCAUUGGACUGUUGAAACAGCACGGUAUCCUUGGUUUGUACAAGGGAACAGGUGCAACGAUGUUGAGGGACGUCUCCUUCUCAGUGAUAUACUUCCCCUUAUUCGCCAACCUGAACGAACUAGGACCUAGAAAAUCCGACGGAUCAGGAGAGGCGGUGUUCUGGUGUUCGUUCCUGUCAGGAUGCGUAGCGGGAUCCUUUGCGGCCUUGGCCGUAAACCCGUUCGACGUUGUCAAGACUCGAUUACAAGCACUCACAAAGGCCGAGGGUGAGAGGUCGUACAGCGGCAUAGGGAACGCUUUCGUAAACAUCUUGAGGUACGAAGGACCAACUGCUUUCUUCAAAGGUGGUGCUUGCCGAAUGAUCGUAAUCGCGCCACUCUUUGGAAUCGCCCAAACUGUGUACUACCUAGGAGUUGCCGAAUAUUUGUUAGGUUAUAAACGAGGUUAAAAAUAAUUCAGUUUCUCUAAAGCAAUUUUAAGUAAUAAUGAUGAUUUUACCUCCUUUUUGGAUCUAUUUUCAUAUUUAUAUUUGUUAAUUUUUACAAGUGGUAUUUUAUUUUAUUUUUUUAACUUUUCAGUUCGUUGUAGAACUUUUAUUUUUAGAACUGCGAAACUUUCCAAAUAGGUAAAUUUAUGAAUCAUAUCGCAUUUUAUUUAUUUUGUUAUAAAUGUGUAGAUGGAUGGAUUAAGAGUAUGUGAAGAAGAUGGUAGAAGAAAGGAAAUUCAGUAUUAAAUACUAAUCACUGUAUUCCUCGAGCUGCUUUUAUUUUUAUAUUUUUUACCAUGAUUUGUAGCAAUAACAAUAAAUCUAUAUUAUUUUUUUAUUAACGCUGGUUGACAAGUUAGUCAAAUAGUUGAAAAUAGUGACAAUAAAUAUAAGAUUUGGUGAUGUUUUAGUGAUAUUUUAUUGGAAACAUUUAUUUAUAAUUAGAAAUUUUUGUAGAACAUCUUAAAUUUUAGUAUUAAUCAAAAAGACAAAUGAUAUUAAUAAUCUUGUCACUUUUUUAUUUAUGAAAUGCCUAAGAAUGCUUUCUUCCAUUUCUAAUACUGGUUUGUAAAUAAUUAUAAACAAUUAGUCAAUUGUCAUUAAUGAUGCACCUUAUAGGAAUAAUAAAUAAUGAAUAAAUAAAUAAAAUUGUAAUUGAGACAUGUAUGUGAACAAAAUGUUAUAAGUGAAACCCAUAAGUUUCCAAAUAAUAAAUGUAGUUCUGUUAA